UCAGGCUGCCAGCUGCUCUCCUGUCUCUCGGUGAUGGUUAAUGAGAUUAGCAGUCCGUCUUAGCCUGCGUCAGUGCAAAGGGGUCAAUCACUGGAUUAUAAUCUUGCUUAAGAGUUGCUUCAGUUUAAUAUACUUUUUUUUUUCUCUUUAUUGCUUUCACUUUCCAAAGCAUGUUCAGCACGUACGAUUGCACUUUAUCCGCAGAUGGGGGUGCUUCUCUCUGCAACAUGCUUCGCCUCGGGACCGAGCGCGUCCGGGCCCUCUGGCGCUGAAUGAAGCAUCUUCCAGGGAGAGAAGAGGAGCCGGGGAAGCUGGAGAAGUGAAGGGCAGUGGGGGCCGAGAUCUCGCCUGCUGUGGCAGAGUCUGAGACUCUGUGCGAAUCAUCCCCAUGCCACUUGUAAAUAACAAAGUUGGCGAUGACUGCGCGGCGAGCGGAGACAAGGCUUUGGCCGAUGGAAAGGCGCUGGUGGACUCGUUGAUGAAGGUUGUGGCUUGCUACCGGCAUUUAGCCUCAUGUGUGGGUGGGUGCACAGACAGCCUGCAGCUCCGCGACGAGUUGAGGCAAACGAGAGAAAAGGCCCAAAAGUUGGCCGAGGACGUCUGCCACCACCUGACCUCACACCUCAGGGACAAGAGCCUGCCCGAUGGACAGCGCAAGGAGAUGGAGCUCCUCUGGGUGGCCUUCUCCGCCUGCCUGGAGCUGCUGCACGUUGACAUGUGCAAAGUUUUGAACAUCAGCGGCAUUGUCUCGCUGGCCGACUCUGCGUCCCUUGUGCACACUGGCCUGGAAGGAGGAUGCAGUGACGUAGCGGCCCGGGCCCUGAGUUUGCCCGACCUGAACCAGGUGCGGACGGAUUCCCUCCCUGCCGGCCUCGAGAGCCAGGAGCGCAGCACCAUGGAGCUAGAGAUCGGCCAAAUUGACCGCAUGAUCGACGACAUGGAGAUGAAAGUCAACGUGCUGCGCUGGAUGGUGGAGCCCCACGGGCCGCUGUACGCAGACCCCCUCAGCAGCACUGACAGCGCCUCCAUGGCUCUGCUGUCCGUAGACGAGGAGCAGCAGGCCCCCACAUCUCAGCCCUUGUGCCAGCGGAGCCACAUGUUUGUGCUCUUACUGCUGCUUGGUGUUUUUUUUGUAGCGUCCACUUUAUCUCUCUGUAUUUUCUUUUUCUCGUGAGCAAGACCUUAACAAAUUUCAAUCGUUCAUCUUCUUCUGAAGGUGAGGAAAAAAUACUCAACAGCUUAUUUGUGUAAACAGUGUACCAGACUUAAUCCAGAUGCAAGCUAGCAUACAAUUUUUUACACUACAUCUAACUAAAUGCUUUUUUUUUUUUAAUUUUAAAAUAGCUUAGGACUUGAUUCGUAAUCUGAAAUUGAGUAUAGCCCAGAUGGUGAAUUUCCAUUUUGUUCUCUGCUGUCUGAAUUGAUCAGUAACAGGUUGGAAAAAUCAACUAAAUUGUCUCCUGAAGUUGGACGUCCCCGAACGACCCUGAACACAGCAUCCAAUAUGGCUGCUGCACAUUAACUUGUUAAAUCAAUAACACAUACUGUAUAUGUAGCAUUGUCACAUUUUUUUGUAAAAAUAUUCCUCUAGGGCCAAAAUUAAAUCAUCUAUUAUUGCUAGCUUCCAAGGCCAAUAACUGUUAGCCUGGUUACUAAAACCACAUUCGAUUUGUCCUCAAGUUAGACACUGUG